GGAACCACUCCGCCCCCAAACCCAAAUCCGCACCCCGAAAUCCCCAAUUCCGCUCUCCCUCGCCCCCUCCCCCACCCUCCCUCUCCCCCGCAGCAGGCGAGAGCGCGAAAGCGGAGCGGAGGCUGAGAGAUGGAGUCGGACCAGGGCAAGCUCUUCAUCGGCGGCAUCUCCUGGGAGACGACGGAGGAGAAGCUGAGCGAGCACUUCUCCUCCUACGGCGAGGUCACCCAGGCCGCCGUCAUGCGCGACAAGCUCACCGGCCGCCCCCGCGGCUUCGGCUUCGUCGUCUUCGCCGACCCCGCCGUCGUCGACCGCGCGCUGCAGGACCCCCACACCCUCGACGGCCGCACGGUCGAUGUGAAGCGGGCGCUCUCGCGGGAGGAGCAGCAGGCCACUAAGGCUGCGAACCCUAGCGGCGGGCGGAACUCUGGUGGUGGAGGCGGCGGCGGCGGCGUCGGCGGCGAUGCUGGUGGGGCGCGGACGAAGAAGAUUUUUGUGGGCGGGCUGCCCUCCACUCUGACGGAGGAGGGGUUCCGGCAGUAUUUCCAGACCUACGGUGUAGUCACUGACGUUGUCGUGAUGUACGACCAGAACACGCAACGUCCCAGGGGGUUCGGCUUCAUCACUUUUGACUCGGAGGACGCGGUUGACCGCGUGCUGCACAAGACCUUCCACGACCUGGGUGGGAAGAUGGUGGAGGUGAAGCGUGCACUGCCUCGUGAGGCGAACCCUGGCGGUGGUGGCGGGCAUUCUGGAGGAGGCGGGGGCUAUCAGAGCAACAAUGGCCAUAGCGCAAACUCUGGCGGCUAUGAUGGUAGAAGUGAUGGCAGGUAUGGGCAAGCACAGCAGGGUAGUGGCUAUGCUGGCUAUGGUGCGGGGGGUUAUGGUACUGGUGCAGCUGGAUAUGGAUAUGGUGCUAACCCUGGAGCUGGAUAUGGAAAUUAUGGGGCUGGAGCAUAUGGCGGUGUUCCUGCUGCUUAUGGUGGGCCUUACGGCAACCCGAAUGUGGCUGGCUCUGGUUACCAAGGUGGUCCUCCAGGCUCAAAUAGAGGACCCUGGGGCAGUCAAGCUCCAUCUGCUUAUGGUGCUGGAGGCUAUGGUGGCAAUGCUGGCUAUAGUGCUUGGAACAACUCUUCUGGUGGUGGCAAUGCUCCCACAAGUCAGGCCCCCGGUGGAGCUGCAGGCUAUGGCAGCCAGGGCUAUGGGUAUGGAGGAUAUGGAGGGGAUGCAUCAUAUGCUAGUCAUGGAGGAUACGGCGCUUAUGGAGCGCGUAGUGACAGUGCUGGCAAUCCUGCUAGUGGUGGAGUAUCUGGAUAUGGUGCAGGGUAUGGGAGUGGGAGUGGUAACUCUGUUUAUCCAGGUGCUUGGAAUGAUCCUUCACAAGGCGGUGGAUUUGGUGGUUCAGUCAAUGGAGGUUCUGAAGGGCAAUCAAAUUAUGGCAGUGGCUACGGCAGCGUGCAACCCAGGGUUGCUCAGUAAAGAGAGGCUAUUAGAGUGUCUUUGAAAUGAACCAGCACAUCUGGGCAUUCUAUGUAUUGUUUGUUACUGUGCUAUCUGAUUGUUCUCAUCCUCCUGAAGAUGGUCCAUUUGCUGGUGAAAUCAGUAUUUCUCCGGGUUGGAAUGCUUGAACCUUUAGUGGCUUACUACUAGAACUUCUAGUCAAUAAGUAGCUAUAAUGUGGAGUAGCAGUAUCUUGCAUUAUUUUUAAGUUUAGCUUUAUCCAUCUGUGUGCUUUUCCAUGAGUGAAGUUUCAGGUUGCUUCAUCUCUAGUCUCAAAAGCUAGAGUAGCUUGACUGCUUAUGGGCAAAAUUAUCUAGUUGUACCUCUAUUCUACAGAUCAUAUAUUUGUGUUUGACAGUAGUAUCUAUGCUGGAUCUUGUUCUACUUCUAUUCUGGAAUGUUCUGUAUUUUGUGGUUGUGUUGACCUGUGGUGCUGUGCUUACCCAUCUGGUUUAGCUCAAGUUGGAGUUAUGGUGUUAUGCCAGUACAAACAUUCAUGGUUUGCAACAGAUGCCAACCCUGGAACUUCUAUGCAGUGUUAGUUAUAUGAUACUGUAGCUUCUUCUAACAAUAUGUUCAACUGUAGUGCAAGUGUUUUUUAUGUAGCUGGAACGGUACAUCCUUCAAGUAUAUCAUGAAGCUAUGAAUUCCAUCCAUUUGGCUCUAGAUUUCCUUUUCCAUGCAACAGUAAGCUUGUUAGCAGCAAGAUUGUAGCACCAAGUUUCUAAGGUAGUAUAGAUAAUGGAGUUACCUGUGAAGCUACUUGAAUGAUGUAGGCCUAGCAACUGUAGAAGUAGUAGAGCACUCAAGGAAUUUGACAAGUGAAAUAAUUGUCCUUCCUCCUACCUCUCCUUUCUGUACAGGUUGAAUGGGAUGACAUUCCUUUUUAGCGACGCCCAGACGAGGGCUACUAAAUCAGCCAUUCAAAAAGGCAGGUGACUCUGUGUUUACAUGAUGAGCUGGUGGAAAGUUUUCAUCUUGGAGAGUUGACAGAGUGCAAGAUGUCAGCUCAAGUGCUUCAUUUUCCGAAGGGUCUUGUGCUGUGCUACAGGAUAGUGAGUGUGAUGAGGUAACUGGACGCACUGUUGCUUGGUCUGGGAAGCAUGAGCAAGGUCUUGGCUGCGUGGUGCAAAGGUUGGCGCCUGUGAUGGUAUUGUGUUCUAGUAACUUGCCAACAUAUAGGUGACUCGCCGUGUUGGAGGCUUCUUUUUGCUGGGAUGAUGCUACACUACAGUGCAUUGUUGCAUAAUGCCCUAGUAUACUAACAAUGUACUUAUAUAUCCCUUGAUAUGCAAGCAUUGGUGCCUCUUUUGUUUAGUAUGAAUUCCAUUGAAUUCUAUGCUGAAUUGUCUACUCUGUUAUAGCUAUGCUCUACUUACUGCA